AUAACACGGGCGUCUGUUCUCCACCGGCCCUGCGAAACUGAAACAAAGCGCAACCCUAAUCGAUCGAUCGGAUCGGGGGAAUGGCGAGCUCGUACGACUACGACGACGGCUCCCUCGAGUCCCGGUACGGGCGCCCGCCGUCGGCCGGCCAUGGAGGCGCCUCCACGGAUCUGAGCUACGACCCCAACUUCGUGCCGGACUCGGUGAAGACCUUCGUCGUCCACCUCUACCGCCACAUCCGGGAGAAGAACGUGUACGAGAUUCACCAGAUGUACGAGGGCAGCUUCCAGCGCCUCAGCGACCGUAUGUUCCGAGACAACCCCUGGCCCUCCGUCGAGGCCAUCGCCCCCUACGUCGACAACGACCAUGUCUUCUGUCUCCUAUACCGCGAGAUGUGGUUCCGCCACGUCUACGCUCGGCUCUCUCCCACGGGUCGGCAGCGGGUGGAGUCGUGGGAUAACUACUGUAGCCUCUUCGGAGUCGUGCUCCACGGGGUCGUCAACAUGCAGCUUCCCAACCAGUGGCUGUGGGAUAUGGUGGAUGAGUUCGUCUACCAGUUCCAGUCAUUCUGCCAGUAUCGGGCCAAGCUCAAGAGCAAGACAGAGGAGGAGCUGCAACUGCUUCAGCAGUACGAUCAGGCAUGGAAUGUGUAUGGGGUGCUUAAUUACUUGCAAGCUCUGGUGGAGAAAUCAGCUAUCAUUGAAAUCUUGGAAAGGGAGAAAGAAGGCCUAGAACAAUUCACUGCUACUGAUGGUUAUGAUUAUGAAGGUGGAACCAGCAAUGUCCUAAAAAUGUUAGGUUAUUACAGCAUGAUUGGGCUGCUGAGGGUCCAUUGCCUUUUGGGAGAUUAUCAUACCGGGUUAAAGUGUUUGGCUCCGAUCGACAUUAGUCAACAAGGUGUUUACAAUGUUGUGAUUGGGAGUCACAUAUCCACCAUAUAUCACUACGGGUUUGCAAACUUAAUGCUACGGAGGUAUGCUGAAGCAAUUCGUGAGUUCAAUAAGAUCCUACUGUAUAUUCUUAAAUUCAAGCAGUAUCAUCAGAAAUCGCCACAAUAUGAUCAGAUACUGAAGAAAAAUGAACAGAUGUAUGCCUUAUUGGCUAUUUGCCUUUCUUUGUGCCCGCAAAUCAAUCUUGUUGAAGAGAAUGUGAAUUCACAGUUGAGGGAUAAGUACAAUGAGAAGAUGACAAAGAUGCUGAGGUAUGAUGAUGAAGCAUAUGCUGUGUAUGAUGAACUUUUCACAUAUGCCUGCCCCAAAUUCAUUACUCCAUCGGCUCCAGUUUUGGAGGAACCUCUUACGAAUUACAACCAGGAUGCUUACAGACUUCAGUUGAAGUUGUUUCUUUAUGAAGUGAAGCAACAGCAGUUGCUGUCUGGUGUCCGCAGUUUCUUGAAGUUGUACUCCACCAUAUCGAUUGGGAAACUUGCUGCAUAUAUGGAGGUGGAUGAACCCACUUUGAGAACCAUCUUGAUGACAUACAAACACAAGAUGCAUGCAGUUGAUAGUGAUGGGAAGAUCAUUCCUAAUGCAGAUUUGGACUACUAUAUUAGUGAGGACAUCGUUCAUGUCGUGGAGUCCAAACCAAUAAAGCGCUAUAGUGAUUACUUUUUGCGCCAAGUCUUAAAGUUUGAGGAGAUGAUCAGUGAACUGGACAGAAUAAAACUGGACUAGUUCUACUAUGCAUACGGUGCUUUUUCCCAUCCCUCAACAAGUUCACUAUAUGUCCUCUUUUUCGCUGCAAUGUGAUGUUUUGGUUUAAAAAAUUCAGUGCCAUUUUUAUUGCCUUUUGCAUUCUUAAAGCUGCUGAGCCCCAUACUCCUUAAAUUGGUUGAUUCAUGGGGCUUAGUGAUUUCAUGUGAACUUCAUUAUUUCUAGAUGUUUUGUUGAAAGUAGAAUCACAUCAAGCAAAAUGCUGAUUACGUCUCAUGAAUCAGUGUAUGCUAUGGGUGAGUUUUAGGUCACAAAACUGUUCAUUUGUCAGAGAUAAAUUCAUUGUAUUGUGGUGUUAAUCAAGCAAUGAAGUACGCCAUAUGCCACCGAUGCCCAUGGAAUCGCUCAAUUAAAUGUCCAUUGAAACAGUUCGGGGGCAACUUCAUCCUUCCAGCUUGUAGUUCAUUCAUGUGUAGAAUUUGAUCUUGUGACUAUUUGUUGGUGCAAGAUGAUAUAGUUGUUUGCUUGGUGUUAGCUAUUGAUGUAUCUAUUGUUUACUCAUUGUUUA